GGAUAACAGGCCAGGGCUCAAGGCAAGCGUGACCGAGUAAGGCAGGAUCCGGGCCGGGUGUUGAAGACCCCCAUUCUUCGCGAAAAGGGAGCUUGCUGCAUUUGGGAAGAGUAGCUUAGCAGUGUAUACUUAAACGCUGCCCCUCAGGGCCUUGAAUGCUGCUGUAUUCGUGGUCCACCUGUCGACGGUCGCUUGCCCUAGAGGAAGUCGCACGGAAGAACGACCCAACAAAGCAGGGCGUUGCCCUCGCGCCUAUAAAAGAUGCGAACGUAGCUAAUAGUCUCUAGGAAGCUUUCACCUGUCGGGGCUGCCGCCGAAGCAGCCCGGCUCAACAACCAUGGGAGGCAACGACGACCGGGGCCUGGACGGCCCCGACGAGUCUGCGACGAGCUUUGGAAGCUUGCCGCCUCCAAGAGCAGUGAAGUAUGCAUGGGCGCCCUCUAACGACCGGGUGAACCAUGAAAACUUCCACCGCAUGCUGGAGGAGUACCGCACGUGUAAGAAGCGCGAGCGGGACUUGGAGCUGAAGAUUAAGCAGCUGGGCGCGCAGCUGGCCCGCACCGAGGAGGCCGCGAAGCGGGCGCUGGUGCAGACGGACGCCACCGCCAAGGGCGGCGCGGCGCAGAAGCUGCUGGAUGCGGAGCGGGCCAUUGCCAAAUUGCGGGCGGAGAAUGCCGAGCUGGCCAGCAAGCUCGCCAGGGAGAAGAAGCGGUCCAGCGACCUGAAAGCCAUGGCCGACACCUACAAGCAGCGCCUGGACGGCUUCCUGCGCGACCAGCGGCACCUGGUGCAGAAGGUGGGCCAGCUGGAGCGCACGGCGGCGGCGACGCGGCGCAAGCCCGAGGACGAGUUCUGGGGCGAGGAGGCGGGCCGGCGCUUCGUGGCGCAGCAGGAGGAGCUUGUGGCGCUCAAGGAGGAGAACACCGCGCUCAAGGAGCUGAUCGAGAGCGAUGGACCGCUGGCGCAGUGCAAGGCGUACGAGGGUCAGAUUAACGAGCUGCAGAACCUGGUCAAGUUCUAUGAGCGCAAGAUCACCACUAUGGCGGAGGCGGGGCUGGGCGGGCUGGAGGCCCUGGGCGGCCCCGGCAACCAGCCCGGCCCGGACGACUGGGUGCUUGAGGAGUUCUGGCACAACGACGAGAUGUACCUGCUGGACCGCAAGACUGGCAAGAUGUUCACGGUGCCGGGCGACAACAACUUCCCGCGCCCGCUGGGCAUCCGCACCAACAAGGAGGUGAAGAUGGGCGUGCACAACUCCAUGGAGCGCUUCCUGGCCACACUGGACUCCUUCCUGGCCAACAACGGCGCGAGGCUGCAGGAGGUGUUUGCCCAGUUCGACGUGGACAACAGCGGCCAGCUGGACCGCCGCGAGCUGGCGCGACUGCUGCAGACGCUCAUGCCCGACCUCAACCAGACCCAGAUUGAGGAGCUGCGCAUGAUGCUGGACGUGGACGGCGACGGCCUGAUCAGCUUGCCCGAGAUGCUGGAGAGCAUCAAGGAGGCCUUUGCAGCACGCACUGCCGCCAAAGUGGGCAAGAACAUCGAGGUCAACGACGCGCUGGACCGUAUCCGCGAGGUGCUGCGGGACAACAAGCAGGAGGUGAAGGCCUCGUUUGACGAGCUGGACGGCGACCGGGACGGCUGCCUGACGCACCUGGAGGUGGUGCGGCUGGUGCGCCGCUUCCUCAAGGACAUGUACCAGAAGGAGGUGCGCUACCUGCUGGCCAAGCUGCAGCAGUGGGACGUGCUGGGCGAGAGCCGCGUCAGCUUUGACGAGCUGUACCAGUGCCUGGAGCUGGUGCGGGUGUUCCGAGUGGGCCAGGGGCUGGGCACCGCCAUGCGCACCGGCUCGCCCAUGCGCUCGCCCACACGCUCCACCUCGCCCAGCAAGGUGCCCACCGCCGGCCCCAACAUCCGCGCCAGCGGCCCCGCCCGCGCCUCGAUGAUCCGCUCCACGGUGGGCGGCGGCGGCAUGAAGGAGGCGUUCAUGCGCGAGCGGGUGGGGCAGCUGGAGGCGGAGCUGCGGGACGCGCAGCGGCGCAACGGGGAGCUGGAGGACGACGCCAAGAAGGUGGAGCUGCUGCAGCGCGACGCGGCGCUGUACAAGGCGCGCAUCGAGGAGCUGGAGCGCGACUUCAUGAAGAUAGACGUGCUGGGCAACCUGGAGGCGGCGGGCGGCGACGAGCAGCUGCAGAAGGCGUGGGAGAUCGCCUCCACCUUCAAGAAGAGGUUCAUGGAGCACAAGGGCGAGCUGGACAACAUCCGCAUCCUGUACGCGCGCAUGCAGGCGCAGCUGGACGAGACGCACAAGCUGUUGCACGAGGAGCACCGCAAGCGCUUCAAGCUGGAGGACGAGAUCACCCGGCUGAAUGUGGAGCUGAUGCGGGUGCAGGACCUGGAGUCCCGCCUCACACACGAGAAGGGCGAGCGCGUGAAGCUGGAGCGCGAGUACCUGUCGCUGCAGCACAAGGCGCUCAAUGCCCCGGGGGAGGCGCUGGCGGAGGUGCGGGCGCUGCGCGAGGAGCUGUUCGCGGUGAAGCGCGAGAAGGCCACGGCGCAGCAGAAGGAGGCGGAGGUCCGCAUGGAGCUGCAGCACGUGCGCACACUGCUGGACGGCAUGGACCAGACGUCUUACAAGGCCAUGCAGGACGACACCGACGCGCUGAAGAAGAAGGUGGCCAGCCUGUCGCUGGAGCUGCAGGCGGCGCGCGACAAGCUGGCGGUGUACAUGCGCACGGAGCUGCCGGGCGCGGCCACCAACACCGACCUGCUCUUCGCGGACGACGACCUGCUGUUCGGCUCCGACCGCAAGCCCGACUCGGACAAGACGCCGGAGGAGCUGCGGCGCGAGCUCAUCCAGCUGCGGGACGUGUGGCGGCUGGACCAGGGCGAGAUCAAGAAGCUGCACAAGGUGCUGGAGACCGAGUCCGCCAUCACCAUGGAGGCCAAGGCGGCGGUGGAGGAGGCGCACCGCGAGAUGGAGCGCGUCAAGCGCGAGCUGCAGGCGGAUCUGCGCAAGCUGGAGCGCGAGAUCGAGCGGCGUGAUGAGAAGAUCCGCAAGCUGGAGCUGCAGCUGCGCGGCGCCUACAGCGGUAUCAACCGCGCGCUGCGCUCCAGCAAGCGCGGCGGGCUGCGCGACUCCAUCCGCUCCGACGCCGACGACCUGUCGGAGCUGAGCGAGGACCAGAACAUCUUCGAGCUGCACGUCACGGAGGCCCAAGUCUACGAGGAGGCGCUGGGCAAGGACCCCGCCGUGUUCUUCACCUUUGACUUCUUCAUGCACGAGUCCCAGGCCACGCCCAUCGUGUCCUCCAACGCGCCCUCCUUCAACACGGUCAUCCAGUACGUGGUGGACUCCGACCCCUUCCUGCUGGACUACCUGGACAGCCACGUGCUGGAGCUGGAGCUGUGCCGCGCGCGCGGCUACGACUACGACGUGCUGGGCGUGGCGCGCUUCAGCCUCAAGCAGGUGCUGGAGGACUUGGAGAUCGGCGCGGCGCUGGGCUACAACCGCGCCUACCACUACGCCGACGUCUUCGGCGCCGACGGCAAGCGCCUGGGCCGCCUGCGCUACGGCUACUGCUUCCGCCGCCCGCUGGACGCGCUGCUCAAGGAGUGGCGGGCGGCGGGCCGCCACAAGCGCCGCUCCGAGCCGGACGAGCGCGACCCGGCCACAGCCGCGGUGCAGCAGGCGCUCACGCAGCCGGGCAACGGUCAGGCGGUCAAGGUCAUCAUCGAGCGCUGCGACGGCCUGGUGCCUGCGGGCGGCACGGCGCUCACCAUGAGGCCCUACGUCUACUACAGGUUCCCGGGUCACCGCGACUACCGCGACACACAGACGCUGUCGGGCGCACACCCGGUGUUCAACGACGAGGCGGUGUGGGCCAUUGCGCGCACCCCCCAACUGGCGGCGGACCUGCGCACACGCCACCUGCAGCUGGUGGUGUUCGACGACAGCCAGAGCGACGACCCGCUGCGCGCCAUCGUGGGCGUGGCCAGUGUGCCCCUGGCGGGUCUGGCCCAGGGCGUGCCGGUGGAGGGCGCCUUCAAGCUCACCAACCCCGUCACCCGCCAGCCCGCCGGCCGCGUCGUGCUGGGGCUGGGCUGGCACAACCCGCUGCAGCUGCCGGGAGCCGUGCCCAAGCCCCCGCCUCCGCGUGUGCCCAUCAGCAACGAUCCGCUGGACGGCGGCCCCACCCCCGACUUCGGGCUGGGCGCCGGAGUGCAGGAGCUGUUCCCGGUCAGCGGCGGCGGCGGGCCCCUGCGCCCCGGCGCCUUCGGCCCCGGCGGCCCCGGCCACCCGCUGCCGCGCCCCAGCCCCGCGGGCGGCCAGGGCGCCGCCUUCUACGCCCAGCCGCAGCCGGGCGGCGCCGGGGCGCGGCCGUACCAGGGGCAGGGGCAGGGGCAGGGGCAGCAGCCGUAUGAGGCACACGGCCUCGCGGCCGAGCUGGGCGGCAACCACGGCGGUCGGCCGGGCGCCGGCCGCGUGUCGGAAUACGGCCUGGCAGCAGACACCCGGCAGGGCGGCCCCGCGCCGCCACAGUCCCCCUACCAGCAGCAGCCGUACCAGCAGCAGCCGUACGGACCCGGCGGCGGCCUCGGCGGGCCGGGUGGCGGCGGCGGCGGCGGCGGCUUCGGGCUGGCGGCGGAGGCUGCCGCCCGCCAGCCGCCGCAGCAGCACAUGGGCGCGCACGGGCAGCAGCUGACGCAGCAGGGGCUGUACGACCCGGCGCAGUACGGCGUACAGCCGCAGCAGCAGAUGCUGCCGUACGGAGGGGGGCCCCAGCAGCAACAGCAACAGCGUGUCAGUGACUACGGCCUGGCGGCUGACACACGUGACCAGUACGGGCAAGGCUACGGCGGCGGCCCUGGCGGCGGCGCCGGCGGGCCUGGUCAGGGGCUGUACGGCGGCCCUGCGGGCGGCCAGUCGCCGCUGCGGCCGCAGCAGGGCCGGCCGCCGCUGCAGCAGCAGCAGCAGCAGGAAUUUGGGCUGGGUGCGGAGGCGGCCGCCGCUGCCGGCUACGGCAUGGCCUCGCACCCGCCGCCGCCGCCGCUGGGCGGCAUGCAGCGGCAGGGCUCCUUUGGCCGCCCGCCGCCGCCGGGGCCGCUCGGUCCCGUCGGCCCGGGCGGCCGGCUGGGCGGCGGCCCGCCGGGGGCGGGUGGCGGCCCGCGGCGGCCCAGUGAUGCGGCGUACGGCAUGCAGGCGGAGGCGGGCCCCGGGUAUCCGGCACGCCCGGACCAGCCGCCGCUGCGGCAGGGCUCCUUUGGCGUGGGCGGCGCCGGUGGCGGCGAGGAGUUCGGGCUGGGGGCGGAGGUGCUGGACGCCGCCGCGUCGCCGCCGCCGCCAGGAAACAUGAUGUUGCCGCCGGGCCGCGGCCCCGGCGGCGCCGGCGGCGGCGCCGUCCCCGGCGGCCGCUCCCGCUACGGCGCCGAGACGGAGCUCUCCUUGGAGCACCCGCCGCCGGCGCCGCUGCUGCCUGCGGGCCCCAACACCGCCACGCUGCAGCACGCCUACCACCCGGCGCAGCAGAUGGCGGCGCUGCUGCCGCCGCCGGCGCCCAGCCCGCCCGCCAACGCGGGGCUGGGGCCGGUGCUGCGGCGCGAGCGGCCCGAUCUGGGCUCCUGGGUGGGGCGCGAGCACCGCAUCUUCUUCUGCCUGCACUCCAUAGAGCUCAGCCAGCAGGCGCUGCGCAACGCCAACGUGUCCGCCGUGGUGGUGUGCCACAGCCUGCUGGAGGAGGGCGAGGCGGGCGGCAACGGCAUCAGCAUGCUGGACACCUACAGCCAGCCGCUGGCCAAGGCGCCCGGCCAGCUGCCCAUCAACUACUGCGUCGCAUACAACGUGCUGGCCGGCAACGCCGCCUCCGAGCUGUACGGCGGUCUGACUGGCCCCGGUGGCGCCGACUUCAGCCUGGAGCUCAGCCUCAUGGCCACCAGCGGCUCCAGCGCGGAGGCGGGCGCGGCGCUGGCGGGCGCGGGGCGGGCGGGCGGCGACGUGGCGCCCGGCACCUUCCGCGUGCUGGGCAACGCGGCGCUGCCGCUGGCGGAGCUGUGGACGCGGCGGCGCGGGGACAUGAUCAUGGAGCGUGUGGAGGUGCUUGAGGACGCAGACGACGCCGGCAGUGUGGUGGCGGUGCUGACUGUGUCGCUGGUGGCGGAGGCGGCCCUGGCCACACUGAGGGAGACCAUGAGGCACCGCGGCGGCGGAGGGGGCGUGCCGUACUGAGGAGGCGGGGUGGUGGUGCGGGUUUGACACGCCGGGGUGUUGUGACCGACCGCUCGACUUCUCUAACUUGCAAGAGUGCGGUUGCGGUGGCGUCCUUUUAUACUGGCGGCCAGCUGGGUUGGUUGCCCAGGAAGGGCGUGGCUUGAACUCAUCACUGCCGGUAGUUUAUAUCUCGUGUAUCAUGCAUGGAGCAAGCGGCGCUGCACGGCCACGCCAGCUGCUGCUGCAUGCAGCGGCCUCCCUGGCUGCAUUAGCCGUGUGGGGUUUGUGCAUCAACAUUUGCGGUAGCCGUGCGGUGUGACCCAGGGUGUGACCUCAAUGACAUGUACCAUUGGCAAUUUGACAUGUACAUGUGAAGCCUGCUCGCCGCUUGGCCUCGAAGGCCGAGCCACAGCACCACGGGGCCAGUAGACACCCGUGCCUUACUGUUGGACCCUUGAACCAAUACGGUAGCCGAACGGUAGCCCGACCCACGGCCCGCAAGGGUCUUCAUGCUGGACAGCGUGCCACUGCAAGCCUUGUCAGCAGACACGCGCAUCAUGAGUGCAUAGGAAUGGCUGCCCCCAAUGCAGCAUGCCUUACUCCGCCUUCCUACGAAAGUUCAGGGCCCCCGUGCCCCAAGACUUCAGUCACACGAGGGAUCCGAACCAAGGAAAUCCCCUCGAUCCAGCCCACCCCGCGUGUAACUCUGUGCCAUU